AAGAAUAUCUUUAGUCGGAAAAUAUCAAAUUAACCCGACGGCGAGUUCGACCUACAGUGUAUUGUCAUGCAGGCACUGGGCCGUGUUGGGCCUAUUGUGAAUGUUAUUGGGCAAAGCGAGCUAAGUCGGGAUUUUGAAUGGUUUUUCAUGGUUUUCUGCAGAAUUAAGUACUAGUACUAAAGCUUCUGCCCACACAAAAAUGUGGGUUCUGUCUCUGCUAGACUUGAAUAAUCAUGGAACACGAUAUUCGUUGGUAUAGCUAUAUGCAUAGAGAACAGUUGAGCUUACUUCGUGGAAGUGAUUUUACAGUCUUUUAACACCCACUGUACAUAAUGGAUAGUCGAAAAUGUGAAUAAAUCUCGGCAUUCGUCUUCAGUAACAAGGGAUCGGUAGCAGGCUGAACAAUCACCGUUGAAUUCUAACAGUUGUUAAACAUUGAUGGUGUAAUCAUAGUGUUCAAAGAUGCCUACUGGUAAGGCCAUUGACCCGUCGUUAUUGGGGUCCCAUCCCCCGCAGACCGAGCGCGUCCAACUCGUAAACGAGGGCGAGCAACGAUCACGCCUUCUCACGGCCUAUACAUACACAGUAGAACAACUAUUAGAAGAGCAGGAGCUACAAGACGAAAGGCGCGAAAAAAGAGGUUCAAAGGAACAGAGCGACGGCGAAAAUGCCAACAAGUACAGCUCAAACGAUAACGAGGUCGAUGGGUGCAGACGUUACCUUACAAAAUGUAUACAAAAGUGCAAUGAAACAUUGGCGCCUUACAAGCUGCUGUACAUCUUCAUCCGCGGGGGUGAGGCUUGCCUGACGAUGUACAUAUCUGUAUACGCCCUUCAAGUUGGAGUUAACCCUCUCCAGUUAGCGUUCAUCUAUGCUCUACCCCGUUUCAUCUCGAGUCUGUCAACCCCACUAUGCGGCUACAUCGCCGACAAGUUCCGCUGUCGGAAGGAAAUGCUCCUCUUUGCCCUCUGUCUCUGGGUGUUUUUCUCCCUCGCCGUCAACUUCGUCCCUGCUCCUCAACUCACCACCUGUAACCUCGCAAGGAACCAAUUUCAGGACAUGAUUGCGAGGUUGAACAUCAGCGAAACAGCGCACCAGCUCCCUGUCGUGAUGGUGAUGUCGGUGUCGAUAUCGUCCUCGACAGCGGAGAAGGUGCAGUCCCAAGUGGCGACGGGUUUGGUGCGGAACUACGGAGAUCGCAACGCAGCGUGUAUGAUCCACGAUAAUGUAACAGCUAUCACCGGCAAGCCUUCUUGGCUGAGCAUCCUCCACAUCGUUAACACACCGUGGACAGAAAAAACAGAAAAGUGUUACCCAGGGGGACGGUUCUGGGGUGCUAACCAUGUACCAGGAGGAGUGGAUGUAGAUGGGCCUAGUUCAACGUACGCUGGUUGGAUAUAUGAACGGGAUAGCCUGACGUCAUCAUUUUUCGCCAUCUUCGCCUUGAUUACUGUUGCUCACGUGAUGCAAGGCCCUACAUUAUCACUGACCGACACAUCAACCCUACAGACAUUGGGACCCACAAAGAGUCAUGAGUACGGAUGGCAAGUGGCGUUUGGGAAAGCAUCCUUCGCCAUCUACAUGAUUGUGAUAACCAUUAUCAUCGACAUGGCAUCCGCAUCGUGGUGGAGAUGCGGGGUCGAAAUUCAUGUUGAAGACUACCGAAUUGCUUUGGCUAUCUUCUUUGGAACAACAAGCUGCGCAAUAGCUCUUCUCUUCGCCUACUGCAUAAAUAUGAAGUUUGAGAGCCCUAACGAGUCGAACAUUACUGACCUCAAGAAGAUCUUCUGUCGCAUGAAUAACGUGAUUCUUCUUCCUACCAUGUGCUUCCUUGCAGCGAAUGAGGGCGCCAUAUCAGUCUUCCUUCCUUUUCAUCUAACAAAUCUCGGGGCUCCCAGUUUUCUCGUGAAGUCUUCCCGCAUUGUGACAGGUAUAUCUGAACUCUUCCUGGCCUUUCAUCUCGGCCAGUUAAUCAAGACUAGAGGUCACAUAGUACUCCUCUCGUGCGGAGCUAUAGGAUACCUUCUCUGUUUCCUUGGUUACGCCCUAAUUACGUCGCCAUUCGGCAUCAUGCCUGUACAGAUUGUACAUGGAAUGUCCCACGCAUUGACCUGGAAUGUUAUAGUGGCCCGGUUCAGUGGGGACGUGAACCCCGAGAACUUAGCGACCCUCCAGGGAUGUUUAUGGGGCCUUUAUCUGAGCGGACUCGGGAUUGGCGCCGUGGUAGCGGGCAUCGGAGUGUCGUACAUCGGUUCCCCAGUAACUUUCUUUUGUUUUGCCUUCGCUUGCCUCUUUAUCGGUAUACUCCUGGGAGUCGGGGCUUUGAGUUCAAAUGAGAGACCAACUCGGACACGUAUUGUAAGGUAUAAACCAUUGCCCGCAUUGUCUGAUUCAGAUGAAGAUGGAUGAUAAAGAAGAAUUAAUUAAAAAUGACGUAAUACCAAACAUUCACCCAAUGUCGGCUACUCUGCGCAGAUGGACACGCGAUACGAAGAAAAAGCAUUCGAGGUUCUGGAGAGAUUUCACGAGAGGGCCCGUCUACGGUUACCAUAGUAACAGUCAGGAACCUGUGUUUUUCAGCCAAUCAAAACCAAUGAAAAUUGCCACACCAGAAGAAUUUUCAUUUGACAUGCAGAAGAAACACCCCCCCCCCUCCUUCCACUAGAUCUUCUUAUCAUACUGGAGAGAAUACAUGUACCUCCGAACUUUUAAUAAUAAUUAUACUUGCUUAUAUAGCGCUUAAUACUUUGUCAAAAGUCUCUAAGCGCUCUACAGU